AUGGACUGCUCCGAUGUCAUUGCCGCGAGCUAUUGCAAUCAGAACAACGAAUGCGAGUGCAGAGAGGAGUUCGUCCAAUUCAAUAGCACACAGUGUCUCAAUGCAAAGUUGCUGGGCAGCCAGUGCCUGUUGGAGGAGCAGUGCACGAAGAAGGUGGCCAACAGUCGCUGUCUCGACGGAAUUUGUCUGUGUUCCGAGGGAUUCCUCCAAUUCAGGCGACACACUUGCUUAUCACCGGCGCCGCCUGGAACAGUGUGUUACAGCGACGAGCAUUGCCGAAUGUGGGACAAGAGGAGCUCCUGUGACUUUCUCAUUCCGAAUCUCUUCGGACGAUGUCAGUGCCAAGCUCCGGCAAGAUUAGAGGGAAGCGCUUGCGUUGCUCCCUUUGAUGAGAUGACUUCUCAAGACACAGAUGAAGAGUCUCUUGAAGAUGCAGCACAAAAACUUCCCGAGUCAUCUCAGCUGAAGCAAGAAGAAUCUCAAGAAUCCUCAGAUGCUACAUCUGAAGAGAAAGUCCUGAGUGAUGAGGCUAAGGAAUCGUAUUCUGAUGAGACUGAUGAACAACCAAAUGCUUCCAAGGGAGUUUACGAGGCGAGACAAGACACUUCGGCGUCCAGUGAGGAUCUUCAGCAACUGCUGAAGGUCCACAGCGUUCGAGGACGAGUGGAUUUGGGACAUGGUCCAGUAUCCCUGGGACUUCCCUGCUCAGAUGAUCAGCAGUGUCAACUGGCGGAUCCCUUCAGUCACUGCAAUCAGGCUGGAAGAUGCGAUUGCGCCAAGAUUGAGGGACUGCCAGAGCAAUGUAAUUCAAACUACACAGGAUGCACACCUGGCACAUUUCAGUGCCGCUCGAGUGGGGUCUGCAUCUCAUGGUACUUCGUGUGUGACGGCCGGCCGGACUGUGGAGAUGCCUCGGACGAGGAAUGCAACGCCACGGAGGCAUCGCAGUGUCCACCGCAGACCUUCCACUGCCACAGCAACAGUCGCUGCAUUUCCCGCGGCGCCCGCUGCGACGGCCGGCGGCAGUGUCCGGGCGGCGAGGACGAGGCGGACUGCAGCUCCAUCGCCACCGGCCAGUGUCCGCCGAACACCUUCAAGUGUCGCAGCGGCGAGUGCCUGCCGGAGUAUGAGUACUGCAAUUCCAUCGUGUCCUGUCGCGACGGCAGUGAUGAGCCGGCGUACCUCUGCGGCUCCCGGGAAAUGCCGGCCAUCUUCUUCCGGCUCCUCAGCAGCUUCGAGAACGUCUAUUGCCCGCUAAGAUGCCGCAACGGACGCUGUCGCUCAACGGCAAUCGCCUGCUCUGGCCGAAACGGAUGCGGCGAUGCCACAGACGAAGACUCCUGCUCGGUCUGUCGCUGUCCGAACCCCAACGUUGUCUGA